AUGGCCGUACAUCAUACCAUUUCAGGUCUUCGUGGGAAGCUUGUGACCGAACUCGAAGUUAACUGUAAGGCUGACAAAUACUACGAAAUAUUUAAGCACCACAUUUUUACAGUAGCGUCAAAGCUAUUGAGGGGCAUGGAACCACUUCGGGCUGUGUCAAGCAGUGGAACUACACUAAGGUUACGUGUGUUCAUGUGUAAUAUGUUUGUGCACGCAGACGGUAAAACAUUGUAUGUUCAUGAGAAAACAACAUACACUGACGAAACAAGGACGAUAUAUCAUAAAGUCGUUGGAGGAGAUUUGACGAAGGAUUACAAGAAGUUUGACGUAACUCUUGUAGUUGAUCCAAAGACUAAUGGACAUGGGAGUAUUGUGAGUUGGACUAUCGAGUAUGAGAAGCUUAACGAGGAUUCUCAGUUCCUAUUGAUUAUUUGA